AGGCCCGAGUACCGGAUUGGGUGCGAUAUAUGGGUAUCCAGGCGAUGCCAGAAAACUGAGAGAUAAGAGCAAGAUGCGUCUGUGGGCGGAGUAUCUCAGAGAAAACGGCCGCAACUUGACCCUCAUCCGCUUUCCCACCUUCUCCAAACUCAUCCGCGUCGGACUCCCCAACAAACUCCGCGGCGAAAUUUGGGAACUGUGUUCAGGCUCCAUGUACUCCCGCUGGUCCCACACGGGUUUCUACCAGAAAAUUCUUGUUGACAACGAAGGGCGGACGAGUUUGUCAUUGGAGGAGAUCGAGAAGGAUUUGAAUCGGAGUUUACCGGAGUAUGCGGGGUAUCAGAACGAUGAGGGGAUUGCUGCGCUUAGGAGAGUGUUAAGUGCGUAUUCGUGGAGGAAUCCGGAACUGGGGUAUUGUCAGGCGAUGAAUAUCGUCGUGGCGGCACUCCUGAUCUACAUGUCCGAAGAACAAGCAUUCUGGCUUCUCGACCUCCUCUGCGAUAAAUUCCUGCCGGGGUAUUACUCGACGACGAUGUAUGGUACCUUGCUGGAUCAGCGCGUGUUUGAGUCGUUGGUGGAGAAGACGAUGCCGGUGUUGUGGAGUCAUUUCACGAGUACGGAUAUUCAGUUGAGUGUGGUGUCAUUGCCGUGGUUCUUGAGUUUGUAUAUCAACUCUAUGCCGCUGGUCCUGGCGUACCGCGUGCUUGAUUGUUUCUUUUUGGAGGGACCGAGGGUGUUGUUUCAGGUCGGUCUUGCGAUAUUGAGGAUUAACGGGGAAGAGCUGUUGGAUGUUACGGAUGAUGGCUCUUUCAUUUCGGUGUUGAAGAGCUACUUUUCGAGGUUGGAGGAGAGUGCGCAUCCAAAUUCGAGCAAUCCGAAGUUGAGACAGGUUACGCGGUUUCAGGAGUUGAUGGUCGUGGCGUUUAAGGAGUUUUCGGGGAUUACGCACGAGACUGUCGUUUCCGAACGCCGAAAGUACAAGAACUCGGUCCUGAACUCGAUCGAGUCCUUCGCAAAACGUACUCAGCUGCGGAACCUCCACAACACGGGGCGUUUGACGCCGACGGAUAUCUCGAAUAUCUAUGAUCGGUUCCACACGGCGAUUUUUACGCGGAGAGUAGGGUUGGGAAGUACGACGGAGUCGAGGAUGGAUUAUGAGGCGUUUAGGGUGUAUUUGAGUGGGAUUGCGUCUUGGGCACGGGAUGACUCGUUGGAGGAUUUGCCGACGGGAGAGAAGAGGUUGGUGAUGACUGCGACGCCGGCGGAUCACCCAUUCCUGCAAAAGAUCUUUGCGAGGUGGGAUACGACAUUGUGUUCGGCGUUGUCGUUGCAGGAUGUUGUAUCGGGGUCUGCGCAGCUCGCAUUGGUGGAUUUGAUGCAUUUGAUACAGUGGUGGUUCGAAUUGUUUGACGAUGAUGGUGAUGGAAAGGUUGGGCGGGAGGGGAUCUUGGGGAUUGGCGAGGCGAUGUUGUGGGUUACGAGGAAUGACGUGGAGAGGGAUGAGGGGUUCUUGAACGCCGUGAGUGGAUUCUUGAAGAGGACAUUUGAGUAUGCGGAGAAGGAGCCUACGCCGGCAUCGACGCCGCAAGAAUCGACCUUGAUUGAUUUUCUGGAUGAUUCCGAUGCGGAACCAGAAGAGGACGAGAAGGACACCAAGACGAAAGAGGCACCGGCGAAUGCUGACCAAGCACUUGGAGAGUUGUCGAUCACACUGCCGACGUUGAGGAUGGUCAUCCUCGCGGACGAAUACCUAGAGAACUUCUUUGACCACAAGUUCGCGGAGACGAUCACCUUCGCACCACAAGACACCUCCGCCUCAAGCGGAAAGACUCAGCAGCGUCUCCGGGGUAUGCUCGAUACGCUCGUCACGGACGGUAUGCGCGUCGCUACCGAAGUUCGUCGCAAGAUGGAGGAAAGUCAGCGUGAAGCGCUCAAACAGCAGGCUGCGCAACGUGCUGCGGCGGGUGCGGGACAGAAAGCGAAAGAGAGGGAAGAGAGUUUGGAGGAGGAAGAGGCGGAGGAGGGGGUGCAGGAGGGUGAUCGGGAUUUGUUGAGUACGGGUGAUUUCAUGGAUUCGCAAGGGGCUAGUGGGGGGAGGAGUCGGGUGGGGAGUAUAGCUGGCCCCACAGGCGUCAGUAUUCAUUGAGAGUGGGAUAUGG